AAUUUUGUGCAUAACGUUAUUGUCUGGUUAUUCAGUUUUCAAAGACUAACCAGGUUUUAGACCAAGCAACCUGAUAUUUUCUCAAGAUUUCUUGACUUCUUGACUUCUUGCCCUAAUGUCUAUUAUUAUACUCUUGUCUUUUAAAAAUUGAAACAUUUGUCUAAUCAAGUUGGAUUUCAAAAGUGUCAAUUUAUCAUUUUCAAAAGAUCUUGGUUCAUUGAACUAAUAGCUCGACAACAUUCACGAUUUGUCAGAUUACAGUGUGUACCAGAUUCUUGGACAAGAGACCAAGAAAAAUUAUACCUCAUUAUCUGGUAUUCCCGUUACCUGAUAUACAAUUACAGUCCCUUUUCAAGCCUUAUGCAACUGGACAAGUUCAAGUUUGUUGAUCUGUUAUUUUUAAUUGAUAUACGAGAUCAUAAUGUUUUGCCUACUUUUUAUUUCAAUGAAGACAGUUCCUAAUUAUCACACAACUAAAUAGGCACAAGAGAAUGGAAAAUUAACUUCAUUUCAGUUUUAAAUACAAUGAACUGAGUCCAUGAUGUUUAAAUACUGAAGAGCAUUAAACAAUACACCAAAAAUUAAAAACAAUCUAUGAUUAAUUGAUUGAGAUUUGCAAUUUUUCAAUCAACAGGUUUGUUAAUAAAUAAUUAUCGAGUCCAGGAUCCGAUCACUUUUCUGAUCAGUGAUCACUUAGCUUUUUAUCCAAAGAGUAUAACUCUUUGUUUUGAUCUUAUUACAUAUUAUGUAACAGUGUAUUCAAGACCGAAGAGUAAUCACGGAUUAAUAAUCAGUUUCGUGCUUUGAAACUUUAUCUCAGCGUUUGAUGAUUUGAUCAAUGAUCAAAAGUCAACGAAGUGCUUUUUUUAUACCAUAUAUGAUAUGUUUAGUCGCUGGUGGAGUACCGAUUUAUUUUAUGGAAGUGGCCAUCGGUCAAUAUUGGCAGGAAGGUGGAAUAACAGUUUGGCAAAAGAUUUGUCCCUUACUUAAAGGAAUUGGAUAUGGAACAUCAAUCAUCAGUUUCAUCUUGAAUAUCUAUUACAUUGUAAUAUUGGCUUGGGCCUUACUUUACCUGUAUUAUUCGUUCUCUCCAGUGCUUCCCUGGGCAACAUGUAACAAUCCAUGGAAUACUCCAAAUUGCUUCACAGGCAGUUCAGUUAACUCAGUUGUUCAAAAUACGUCUGCAGUAACUAAAGAUGCUGCAGUUGAAUUCUGGGAAAGAGAGAUUCUUCAAAUCUCGGAUGGGAUUAACUCUGUGGGUGGUUUACAACCAAAAUUGGUUAUCUCUUUGGCGGUCGCUUGGAUUCUGUGCUUCUUCUGUAUCUGGCGAGGAAUCAAAUCCACCGGUAAAUCAGCAUAUGUGACUGCGCUUUUCCCUUACGUUAUGUUGGUAAUCCUUUUCAUAAGAGGAAUAACACUGCCUGGUGCUGGUAAAGGAAUCACAUUUUAUAUGAAACCCGAAUUUGACAAAUUAAUGAAAGUUCAGGUAUGGAUCGAUGCUGGAACUCAAAUAUUUUUUUCAUAUGCAAUUGCUCUUGGAACCAUGACUGCUCUUGGAAGUUAUAAUGAUUUCCAUAACAACUUCUACCAUCAACUCUUCUUUGUUUGUUUCAUGAAUAGUGGGACAUCCAUUUUUGCUGGUUUUGCAAUAUUUUCAGUCCUCGGGUUCAUGGCUCACCAACAAGGUGUUGAUGUUGCCAAUGUUGCUGAUAAAGGACCUGGUCUAGCAUUCAUAGCUUAUCCUAAAGGAGUUUCAGUUAUGCCUGGAGCACCAAUUUGGGCAGUUCUUUUCUUUCUAAUGAUUAUACUUUUGGGGCUUGGAAGUCAGUUUGUAGCAGUUGAAGGCUUUGUCACUGCAAUUGUUGACAUGUAUCCACAAUUUUUACGGGUUGGACGUCGACGUGAAUAUUUCAUCUCAUUCAUUUGUUUUAUAUCAUUCAUACUUGGCCUUUCAAUGGUAACACGAGGAGGAAUGUAUGUCUUCCAGAUUUUCGACUUUUAUGGUGCAUCGGGAAUGUGCUUGUUAUGGAUGUCAUUCUUCGAAUGUGUUACAAUUGCUUGGCUAUAUGGUGCUGACCGUUUCAGGAAAAAUAUCAAAGAAAUGAUUGGAAUGGAAAUUUCAGUUUGGUUUAUUUGGUGUUGGAAAUAUUUAACUCCCUUAUUAACUGCAGCCAUUUUUAUUGUUUCAAUUUUCCUCCUUGAACCUAUCAAAUAUAACAAUACUUAUGUAUACCCAAGUUGGGCCAUAGCGUUUGGCUGGUUUUUAUCGUUUAGCUCAAUGAUAGCUAUUCCAGUUUACAUAAUUUACGCUCUCAUUGUGACUCCAGGUGAUUCAAUCAAAAAGAAACUUGAGAUAUUAAUGAAAAGGUCGCCAUCAUCAUUCCUUGAAGAUAAGAUGAAAAUGGCAGUAUCCAGCGAAAAACAUAAUGAUGCAAAGCAUAAAGUAGAUGACAUAACGAUUAGUCAAUUAUAGAUAAUUUAGAUUCUUUUUCUUAUAAUACAAUUACAAAAGAGUGAAACCUAACUUGAUAGAAUCAAACUUUUCCAAUUAGUUAGCUCAAAACAAAUCCCCAAAGAACAGUCCUAAGAACGAAAUUGCUUAAGUUCUAUCAAGUUAUGAUUUACUCUAAUGUAAUAUCAUUUUUUCAAUUCUUUUUAUCCUUCACUCUUCGUGAACAUUCAAUUAUUUCUUAAUCUUAUUUCGAUAGUAUUGUGAGCUUUGUCGGCCCUGGAGCCAGGCGGUUUUUAAGACGCCGCCAAGAUAUUGAGAUGUUUUGGUAUCGACUUGUGCUACCAUCUAGACAGUUAGAAAGAAAGUAUUGAAAUUAGAUAAAGUUUUUUGCAACUCUCAUGAUUAUAGAAUUUGUUUCUUUACUCAAUUAAGCUUUUCUAAUAAAACUCUGUUCAAAACAAGUUUCAA